AUGGAUCUCUCUUCGCGACGUGUCAAUAAACAUCAAGACGAAUACGGAGAUCUGGCUGAGUUAGCUCGAGACAUAUUCGGGGAACGUGGGAGCGCAGAUCCAUGCCAAACAAAUAAUGGUGGAUGUGAUUCUAAUGCUGUUUGUUCGUAUGAUUCAACAAAAAAUUCAGUCAAAUGUACUUGCAAAACUGGCUAUGGAUAUACAGCUUGUGGUGGAUCUGUAUGCACAGCGGUGUGUACAACUCUUUGUCAAAAUGGUGGUGUUUGUAGUGCUCCAAAUACAUGCAAAUGUGCGUCGGGAUGGACUGAUGCAACAUGCUCAACACCUAUUUGCUCAAAUUCAUGCAAAAAUGGUGGUCAAUGUACUGCUCCAAAUAAGUGCACCUGUACAGGAGGAUAUGGAGGCUUGUCAUGUGAAAUACCACCUUGUGAUGCUGCUCACUGCUGUAGCUCUUGUGUUUCCUGUAAUAAUGCUGGUACUAUUAGUUAUUGUCGUCCAAUUUCUCUUGGUGCUCAUACUGAUGCUAAGGGUGUUUAUUAUGGUGGUGCUCCUUAUGGUGCUUAUUUUGGUGUUUUUAGUGAUGCUACUUGUCCUAGUGGUGGUGCUACGGGUCCUACUCCUAGUUGUCAUUGA